AUGGGGAGAGUAAAUCAUAAUGUUGUGUUUCUGGCCUUCUCUCCAGUUCCCAUCUACGUGCCAUUCCUCAUCGUUGGCUCAGUGUUUGUUGCCUUUAUCAUCUUGGGGUCCCUUGUGGCAGCCUGUUGUUGCAGAUGCCUCCGGCCGAAGCAGGAGCCCCAGCAGAGCCGAGCUCCAGGAGGGAACCGCUUAAUGGAGACCAUCCCCAUGAUCCCCAGUGCCAGCACUUCCCGGGGAUCAUCUUCCCGCCAGUCCAGCACAGCUGCAAGUUCCAGCUCCAGUGCCAACUCGGGGGCCAGGGCGCCCCCAACAAGGUCACAGACCAACUGUUGCCUGCCCGAGGGGACCAUGAACAACGUAUAUGUCAACAUGCCCACGAAUUUCUCCGUGCUGAACUGUCAGCAGGCCACCCAGAUUGUGCCACAUCAAGGGCAGUACCUCCAUCCACCUUAUGUAGGAUACACAGUACAGCACGAGUCUGUGCCCAUGACGCCAGUGCCCCCUUUCAUGGAUGGCCUGCAGCCUGGCUUCAGGCAGAUCCAGCCCUCCUUCGCACACACCAAUAGUGAACAGAAGAUGUAUCCUGCAGUGACGGUAUAGCUCACAGGGCACAGGCUGCUUCCUUCACAAGACUUGGAGAGAAAAUGGGUUGGAUUCCUGAGGUGGAAUUCUGUACCUAUUGGUAUUCAUGGCAUGAUUCUUUUGGGUGCCCCUAAACUGUAUGAAAACAUCUCUGAAUUAGCAUUUCUGGGUAUGUUUCAUUCAGUGUAUCACUGAUUCAUGAUGCAAAACAGUAUCUGUAGGAGUCUCUGACUAUUGUUAUUGAGUAGGCGACAAAUGCUUGAGCCCUCAAGUGCCCUUUGUUAGGUAAAAAGAGCUGAAAACCAGGACCAGACCACCUUGAGAUGUGGUUGUCAGAAUUUUAUAAACUGAUAGAUUAAGGAAUUAUUGUCAUUAUUAUUUCUUUUUUGUUUGUUUGUUUUUAACUAUACAAGAGUGGAAAUACCUGUCAUCUCCCUUUUUCCUGGGCCACUUUUUCUUUUUAAAAAUGAGCAUACAAGGUUGAAGGGAAGAGGUAAAUAACACAAUUAUUAUAAAAAGAAACCUAUUCAAACUCUGUGAGAUUAGGCAUCAAUCUCAGUAUUCCACAGGCACAUCUUAGUUUUGCUGUAAAAAGAUAUAUGUAGUCUAUUUUUGUGCUUUUGGGGGGGUUAUUUUGUGCUUUUUAAAAACCUUAUGUAAAGAUCUUAUAACAAAAUGAUUUUCUACAUUAAAAAGAGGCUGAAAGAAAUUAUACAGUUAGUGAAACUGGACAUUUCAGGACUCUGGGAUUAUUUUAAUCUUGAAGUAGUGGGUGGUGUAGUAAUGAAACUUGAUGGUAUCUUAAUAUUCUGGCUUUACAGUGACACCUGAGAAGUAAUCAGAUUUUUUACAAUGAAAUCACAAACUAUCUCCUGGCUGAGUUACCUUUAAUUUUGCCAUGUGGUAUGACUUGGCAUUUUGUUCUGUUUGCUUUUCAGAUCCCUUGUCCAUUAUAGUGCCAAGGGAAGUUAAUUACUGUAGUUAUAAAUGAAGAAAAGUAUUUUUACCUAGAUCUGAUAAGACACUUUUUAGUUUUAAGUAUAAAAGUUCAAAGAAAUGUGUUAUAAAGAUACUUAGUAUAGCUCCUCAGCCAUAAACUGAGACAUGGGGUGAUAUUUAAACCUCAGGCAUGAAUUACUUUGUAAAUUAUGUUUUUUUAAAAAGUUCUCAUCAAUAUGGCUAAUUUUUCAGGCAGUGGUUACUAUUAUUAAGUCAAGAGAAAAGUAUUUCAAAGAGAUAUUGCCUUUCCUCUCCCACAGUUCACUUUUUUCUCCUUUUUGACCUUAACAAGCUCUGUAUUCAUUACCAAUAUUCUGAAUUACCAAAUCCAAGUGAAUUUAUUUGUGUAUUGUUUACUUACAGAAAUGUUUAAAUACUUGCAAGAAAAUUUCUAAUUGCUAGCAAAACCAAGAUUUAAUUAAAACAAAUUAUUGUAAGGUGUGGUCUUUUACACAUUUAUAUCUAUCAUCUAUUCUUCUAUCAUCUGUCAUGACUGAAUCAUAUUAAACCAUUGUUGGAAAAUGAUAUGAAUGAGGGUAAUCAAAAGUUUUAAUAACCAAAGG